GAUCCACACACACACAGUCGGGGCGGCUGGGCCCAGAGGGAAGGUGAGAGGGCCAGGAGUGAAGGUGGACGGCUGGGCGUGCCUGCCCAUUGGUGCAUGCCACUUCCAGCCGGGCUGAGCUGCUGGACCUGGGAUUGGGAACUGGCCCCCAAGGGAUCCUGCUCUCUUUAACUUUAAGCCUCAAUUUGCAGCAAUCCCAGAGCUUCGCCCCUCCCUGGCGUGCCUGUGGGGGUUAGCAUGUGAUUGUCGCACUCCCUCUGCUGGGGGUGCACUGGCCAGGGCCUGGCCAGGUGGCCAUGGCUGAUGAGAAGACCUUCCGCAUUGGCUUCAUUGUGCUGGGGCUGUUCCUGCUGUCCCUUGGCACCUUCCUCAUGAGCCACGACCGGCCCCAGGUCUACGGCACCUUCUACGCCAUGGGCAGUGUCAUGGUGAUGGGAGGCGUUAUCUGGAGCAUGUGCCAGUGCUACCCCAAGAUCGCCUUCGUACCCGCGGACUCUGACUUCCAAGGCAUCCUAUCCCCGAAGCCCCUGGGCCUGUUGGAGAAUGGGCUUGCCACAGAGGUGAAGAGCCCCCAGGCCCCCUACGUCAGGCUGUGGGAGGAGGCGGCCUACGACCAGAGCCUGCCUGACUUCAGCCAUAUCCAGAUGAAGGUCCUGGGCCAUAGCGAGGAUCCUCGCCCAUUGCUGGCCCCUGAGACACAGCCAAGAACCAGCGAUGGAGAAGCAGGUGGCCCGCAGGAUGCCCAGGCCUGGGUGGAGGCCGCUGUGGUCGUCCACAGGGGCUUGGAUGAGAAUGAGGAGGAAAGACACGGAACUCAGAACAGGCCUGGCUCCCCAGCCUGUCCCCAGGGCCCUGCGCCCUUGGCCUCCUUCCAAGAUGACCUGGACUUGGGCUCCAGUGAAGGUAGCAGCCCCAACCCAUCUCCACCUGCUGGGGAGGAACCUCACCCCCUAGCACAGAAGCACCGGGCCUGCAGGAGCACACGGAACCGCUUCUAUGACUUUGCCUUAAUUGAUGAUGCUUCUGUGUCAGAGGAUGGGCCCCGAGAGGGGCAGCAGUGGGAGACAGCCCUGCCCAGCAACAGCUGGCAUCAGUACCCAAGGACAAAGGAGGUGGAGGAGGAGAAGGCUGUAGACGCAGGUGUGGAGGAGCCCGAGGAGGAAGAGGAAGACUUGUACUAUGGACUGCCAGACAGCCCUGGGGACCCUCUCCCCGACAAAGAACUGGGCUUUGAGCCAGAUGCCCAGGGCUAAGAUGGAACUGCCUUAAAGUUUCUAGACUGACCUCUCAGGGCUUCAGUUUCCCUAUCUGCGAAAUGGGAUCAUAGGGAGGAUCAACGGAGACAGUGGACCGAAGAGCAUUCUGAGAACUCUGGAGGAACACCAGGGAGGAGAGGGGCUCUUCCAGUAGUUAGCUCUCACUGGAAAGCUCUUUUUUUGAGGCAGGGAGGGUACCGGGGAUUGAACUCAGGGGCACUCAACACUGAGCCACCUUCCCAGCCCUAUUUUGCAUUUUAUUUAGAGACAGGGUCUCACUGAGUUGCUUAGCGCCUAGCCAUUGCUGAGGCUGCCUUUGAACUCACAAUCUUCCUGCCUCAGCCCCCCAAGGCGCUGGGAUUACAGGCCACCAUGCUCAGCUUUUGGCAAGCUCUUGAAGGUCAGAUGGGAUUCGUUGUGAAGAUCCACAGCAGCUGGGCUCUCAAAAGCUUUUUCUGCUUCCCCAAAGCCGGCCUCUGACAGGGCGCCUGUGUGGUGCUACCCAAGGGCCCUCGGGCUCCCCUUCCUGUUCUGGUCCACAGGAAGGUGAUGUGGUCUGACUCAAACUGACUGGGUCUCCCCCUGGCCCAGUCCCUCCUGCGGCUCCCACUAUUGCUUCGCCAGGAUCCAAACCUUCGGUGACUGACCCCUGCCGGCCACCCAGCUGCAGCCCUGAGCAGCCCCACCUCCUUCUCUGCUCCUCCAGUCCCUAUCCCCAGCUCACAGACUUGCCAAGCUCCUCUCCACCAGGAAGCCCUGGUUCCCGCCAACUCACACUCAGUCUGCAAACCCCUGCGGAGACGGCCUCCUCUGACAUUGCAGCUUUGGGAAUGGGUGGUCCUCACUCCUCGGUGCUCCCUCCGGGGCUCAUACGUGUAUCACUGUGACAUCACACCUGCCUCCUGCUCCAGGGUGGCAUCUUGGUGGGUUCGGUGGCCUGGAGCCUGGGUCACUGAGGGUGUGCAGGACUCACGAAUGGCCAGGAACCUGUUGCAGAUAAUGUCACUCUCUUCCACUUCCCCAAUUUUUGAACACAUGGCCUCUUUACAUCCCUAGCAGAUGGCUAAGCCUGGCAUAGAGCUCCCAGAAUGGUACCCACCACCGGCCCACAGAGCGUGGUUGCUUUGGCUGAGAGUGGGUGGAAUUAAGCAUCCUAAAUUAAGUCCGUUAGACUCCUGAGCAUCUACUAUGUCCCUGAGGCUCAGCUGGGAUCAUCAGGAGGGAAGAGGCAUGAACAACUAAUAUGACUCUUGACCCCAAAGGGCUCACCAUCCAGCGAGCCAACUUUCUUUUAAGUUUGAGACAAGAGCACAGAGCUAAGGUGAGAGCAGAGACAUCAACAAUGACACCAGAGGCAGCACAGUGACAACUGAACAACCAUCUGGGUCCAUCAAGGGCAGCAGCAAAGAGCCUCGGCAGUCCUGAAGGCCUGGCUGUGUUGUGGCAUCACAGGGCAACACCUGCCUCCUGUGGAUCUCUGCCAAGUCCCUCUGUGCCCCAGCCUGGGACAGUGGCAGCUAGCUGUGGAGAAAAGGGCAGUGGUGCCACCUCAAGCCAGGUCCCUCACCCAGGGCUUGUUCCCUGGACCACCUGGGAGUGGGAGGCAUCACCGGGCUGGGCCUCUGGGUGGAGGUUGGGGGUCUUGGUUGAGGGAAGGGGAAACCCCUCUGCUGGUCCUUUCUGGGCAGUGAAGGGUGCCACCUUCAACCUCUCUGCUGAUGGGACACAAGAACAGAUGUCCCUGCUCAUGCCCUAGUCACGGCUGAGGUGAGGUGCAGCGUGCCCUGCACUCUGGUGGUCAAGGUAGGAACUCCCGUGACCCACAUCAGAAAGAGCACCAGCGCCAAGGCUGAAAUAAAAAAGCUGUCAACAGUGAA